AUGGAGACUGACUACACUACAUUUAAAAGGCAGACGCUUAAGGAACUGCUGGAAGUGAGAGGAAAGAGCGCUAGCAAUAAAUCUAAAGCCGUGCUGAUCGCUGAAUUAAUGGAGGGCGACCGAGCGCACAGCAGCACACCCCCACCAGCCAGGGAAGAAACCCCAUACCAAAGGGAGCUGAGAACCCGGCUGGAAUUUUUACCACAGCCAUUACCCCUGGAUAUCCUGACGGUCCUGAUGGCUGACGUACAGGAAUACAUGAUGGCACAACAUCACCAGGGAACACCGUCCAGGGCAGAAUCCAUCACUACUUCCUUCUGCG